AAACCAAAGCAGAAUAAGUGAUGCAAAACAAAAGAUGUAUUGUGGAAUUGUGCUUCUAGUGAUUGUAGUGAAGGAAACUCAUCUUAAUUGGCAUUCCUGCUCCCUCCCUUUCAUGCUGAACUUUUCUAGUGGACCCCAAGUUUCUUUUUCCUCAACUUUUAUAAACCGAACUUCGUAGCUCUUUAUUCUUGUUGUCUUCACUCUUACUCCUACCAAACUCAAAGAAGAGCCGAAUGUCGCAUACAGGAAAACACAAACCAGCCUCUGAGAGAUUGAGUUUCCCAUCUUUAAUGGGUAAUCACAGGUUCACAUUGUCAGAUAUCAUGCCAAACGCCUGGUUUUUUAAGCUCAGAGACAUGAGCAGAAGAGGCAGGAACCAUAGAUCCUCUCAUCCAGUUAAAAGAAAACAACCCUUAAUGACUACCACAGAAUCACACAAACAACCCCACCUUUCUCCCCCAAAAUCCACAGAAACCCAUUUCCUUGAUCCACCAAGAAGAUCAUCCAAGGGAAGAAACAGUAGAAAAUCUGUUCACAAAUCCUCUCCUGGAGCUGUCAUGGCCCCCGUCUCUGCUGGUUGUAGCUGUAAUGCCAAGCUUGAUUCAGUUUGGACUAAACAGAGUCCAAUUCAAUCUCCGACUUACUUUGUCUCUCCUACUGAUAGUUCCAAUGUCUCUAACAUCCAUGAAUCUCGUCUUCUAUCCGAUACAGAUUCUGAUAACUUGGCUGCUCUCGAUUCAUCUGAGCUACCCUCGUGUUCGAGCUCUUGUAAUUGUAGAGUUCGUUCUUCAGCAUCUGACAUUAUCCUCGACAUGACCAACGAAUCUUUUGCUGGGGAGGUGAAGAAGAUAGAAGAGUUUCACACGAUUUCAGAGCUGGGCCUUUCUCCAAUUUUGACCAAACCAGCCAAAUUUGAUGAUAAGACCUAUGAAGUCACUAGGUUUAGAAGUACAUCAUCUAAAGUACUGGAGGAGAUGCAAAAACGCCGUCCUCCAUCUGUCAAAACAGUCAAGAAGGGAAGUAUAAGAACCCAAAAGGAGCACAAAGCCAGUCCUCGUGUUCGAAGGUCUUCUGCUAUUUCUACAGGUAUUAGACUUAGAACCAAUUCUCCAAGACUUGUUGCAAGCAGGAAGAUUCAGGCUCAUGCCAGAAAGGGCUUGUCAUCAAGGAAUAGGAGCAUCUCAGAGAGCGUUGCAGUUGAGAAAUCGUCAAUGGAUCCAGAGGCAGAUUUCAGGGAUUCAAUGGUGGAGAUGAUUGUCGAAAACAACAUCCGGGCAUCAAAGGAUUUGGAAGACCUACUUGCUUGUUACCUUUCACUGAAUUCGGAUGAAUACCACGAUCUCAUAGUAAAGGCGUUUGAACAGAUUUGGUUUGAUAUGGCUAGCCUACGUUUGUAAAGAUCUAAAGAUCAUGAAAAAAUGCAUACGAUCUUAAUGGUAGUUUCACGACUUAAUUACACUCUUUCUUGUUCUUCCUCCUCUGAAUUUCAGAUCUUAGAUAAAGCAGAAAUUUUCAGUCUUUGCCAUAGGUUAGUGAUUAUAGUUUGCUUGUCUGGGACAACCAUCCAUUUCAAAUCUCUUUGGGUUCUCUGAUCUUGCAGUAAUCUCGAUCAAGUAGCAUAUUUCUUGAAUGGUCUUGCAACUUUGUUCAUGAUAGAAUGCCACAUUUUUUGUGGUCGAGGGGACUUCUAUGCAUUGGAUUCGACCACAACUGAAUAUCUCCAUGCAGGUUAUAACCUUGUAGAGCACGGCAAAUUUUGUUUUUUUUUUUAGACAUAUUCUAAAGUCAUGAGAUAAACAAUCCGUGACACAAAAUUAUCACUGUUUUCUAUAAUUUCUCUGCAGGUUUGCAGACUGCAAUAUCUAAUAUCAUAAAAGAUUGAAUGGUUGGAGCAA